GGGCGGAGCGCGGGGGCCGCCAGGGCAGGACCUGGUCUCAGGAUAGCAGGACUACUUAUUGAGAUUUGAUGAGGAAGGUGUCUUCUCAGAGAGCCUGGCUGGAGAAGACUGAGGUUCAAGGCCUGAGUGAUUGCUCCAGGAACGUGGAUAAUGGCUGCAGAGAUGCCAAGAGUUACCACUCCCCUUAGUCCCUUGGUCCAGGUACCUCAAGAAGAAGAGGGACAGGAGAAGGAGGUUACCACUAUGAUCCUGGAGGAUGACUCCUGGGUACAGGAAGCUGUACUGCAGGAGGAUGGCCCUGAGUCCGAGCCCUUUCCCCAGACUGCUGGCAAGGGCAGCCCCCAGGAGGAAGCAGUGGCUGGGGCACCACAGGGUGCACUUGGCCGCCUCCGAGAGCUGUGUCGGCGCUGGCUGAGGCCAGAGGUGCACACUAAGGAACAGAUGUUGACCGUCCUGCCAAGGGAAAUUCAGACCUGGCUACAAGAGCACAGGCCUGAAAGCAGCGAAGAGGCAGUGACCCUGGUGGAAGACUUGACCCAGACCCUUCAGGAAAGUGAUUUUGAGAUACAGAGUGAAAAUGAGGAGAACUCUAAUCAAGACAUGUUUGAGGAUGUCGAAACACAUGAGUUGUUCUCAAAAAUGCCUGACAGGGAAGGCAUUCAGCAAUCAAAUGGGGAGAGUGACUUUGAGAGAGACUGUGGCACUGGGGGGCCCAAGGGAAAUGCUCUAGGGGAGGUGCCAUCCCAGGGCAGAGAACUUGGCCAGCUCAUAGGCCUUCAGGGUACCUACCUGGGUGAGAAGCCAUAUGAAUGUCCCCAUUGUGGGAAAACCUUCAGCCGGAGAUCCCACCUAAUCACCCAUGAACGGACCCACACGGGAGAGAAAUACUACAAAUGUGAUGAAUGUGGAAAAAGCUUUAGUGAUGGUUCAAACUUUAGUAGGCACCAAACUACUCACACUGGGGAGAAACCCUAUAAAUGCAGAGAUUGUGGGAAGAGCUUUAGCAGGAGUGCAAACCUCAUAACCCACCAGAGGAUUCACACGGGAGAGAAGCCCUUUCAGUGUGCCGAGUGUGGCAAGAGUUUUAGCAGGAGCCCCAAUCUCAUUGCUCAUCAGCGAACCCACACGGGAGAGAAACCAUACUCAUGCCCAGAAUGUGGAAAGAGCUUUGGCAACCGGUCCAGCCUUAACACACAUCAGGGAAUCCACACUGGAGAAAAACCCUAUGAAUGUAAGGAAUGUGGUGAAAGCUUUAGUUACAACUCCAACCUAAUCAGACACCAGAGAGUCCACACAGGAGAGAAACCAUACAAAUGUACUGAGUGUGGACAGAGGUUCAGCCAAAGCUCAGCCCUCAUUACCCACCGGAGAACUCACACAGGAGAAAAACCCUAUCAGUGCAGUGAGUGCGGGAAAAGCUUUAGCCGCAGCUCCAAUCUGUCCACCCACCGGAGAACCCACAUGGUGGAGAAGCCCUAUAAGUGUGGAGUGUGUGGGAAGAGCUUCAGCCAAAGUUCAAGUCUUAUUGCACACCAGGGCAUGCACACAGGGGAGAAACCCUACGAGUGUCUGACAUGUGGGGAGAGCUUCAGCUGGAGCUCCAACCUUCUCAAGCACCAGAGGAUCCAUACUGGUGAGAAGCCCUACAAAUGCAGUGAGUGUGGGAAGUGCUUCAGUCAGCGCUCCCAGCUGGUGGUGCACCAGCGGACCCACACAGGUGAGAAGCCCUACAAAUGCCUCAUGUGUGGCAAGAGCUUCAGCCGGGGCUCUAUCCUGGUCAUGCACCAGAGAGCCCACUUGGGAGACAAGCCCUACAGGUGUCCUGAAUGUGGGAAAGGCUUCAGCUGGAAUUCAGUUCUCAUUAUACAUCAGCGAAUCCACACAGGGGAGAAGCCCUACAAGUGCCCUGAAUGUGGGAAAGGAUUCAGCAACAGCUCCAAUUUUAUUACACAUCAGAGAACUCAUAUGAAAGAGAAACUGUAUUGAAGUGGCAAAGAGGAAAAAGUGAAGAGACUGGCCAGAGAUGGACUUGCCACACUGCCCCAAAUAGGGAUGUCCCUUUAAAAGAGCCAUUCUUCCUAAAUGCUUUUUGGAGUUUUUGACAGAAUCUUACCCUUGCUUAUCCUCAUUUCUAAUACCAUCAGUGGUUGGAGUCAACCCCCAUACAUGGUUAAGAACAGCAUGUAAGGAGCAGAAGGUCUGCAAAAUUGGGUCUUUUUCUGUAACAUUUCAUAGCUUGAUUGGCCUCUCUCUUGAUUCCUCUGUGCCUCAGUUUCCUCUUUGGUAAAAUGGGGGGAAACAUUUCUCCUGUGGAGUGAAAGACAGCAUGGCCCUCAGCAUGGGCUGAGUCCUCAGAGAAAUACUAGAAAUUCAUUUGUGUGGUUCUGGUUGUUUUGCUGGCAUUUUGUUGGGCUAUCACCCCAAGCUAUCAGCAUCGCAGGGCCCCUGCCCAUGUUAGAACCUGCUCUGUUUGGCAUCAGUGUCCUUGGCUUUGACCUCAGGUCAAGGAUGAAAGGGCUUCUCCAAUUGUGAGUCAUCCUUGCAGAGGUGGACCCCCUUUCUAUUUCUAGAAAGUAUCAGGAGUACAGACACUGAGAUAUGCCCUGACCUGAUAUCUCAGCAUCCUUCCUGUUG